GUUCUGGUUGUAUCUCUUUCAUUUCAUCCUCUCCUACAAAACCGCGCGGUGUUCUCAGUGCUACAAUGGGCGAUGAAGCAACUACAAAUGGAUAUUCUAAUAAAACCAGCAACGUAGAUGAAAAUUUGCAGAGACAGAAGGAAAUCGACGAAUGGCUUCCAAUUACAUCUUCCAGGAAUGCAAAAUGGUGGUACUCAGCUUUCCACAACGUCACUGCAAUGGUUGGAGCCGGUGUCUUGGGUCUACCAUAUGCCAUGGCGAGACUAGGAUGGGGUCCUGGAGUAGCCAUUCUGAUACUCUCAUGGGUAAUCACUUUAUACACUCUGUGGCAAAUGAUUGAGAUGCAUGAAAUGGUUCCUGGAAAACGGUUUGAUAGGUACCAUGAGUUAGGUCAACAAGCCUUUGGUGAAAAGCUCGGUCUGUGGAUUGUGGUACCUCAACAGCUCAUUUGCGAAGUAGGUGUGGACAUUUUGUAUAUGGUCACAGGAGGAACAUCACUGAAGAAUAUUCAUGAUUUAGCUUGCAAAAAAAACUGCAAAUCAAUCAAAACCACCUACUUUAUCAUGAUAUUUGCUUCAGUUCAUUUUGUAAUCUCCCACCUCCCAAACUUCAACUCCGUCACGGGAAUCUCUUUGGCUGCAGCAGUCAUGUCUUUGAGUUACUCUACUAUUGCCUGGACAGCUUCUGUCCACAAGGGAGUUCAGCAGGGUGUCGAUUAUAGCUACCCAGACUCAACCACAUCAGGAAAAGUCUUAGACUUCUUCAGUGCCUUGGGCACCAUAGCUUUUGCAUAUGCAGGACACAAUGUUGUUUUAGAGAUCCAAGCAACAAUUCCUUCUACACCUGAGAAACCAUCUAAGGGGCCUAUGUGGAAGGGAGCGGCUCUUGGCUAUAUUAUUGUGGCCUUGUGCUACUUCCCAGUUGCUCUCAUUGGAUAUUACGUGUUUGGCAAUACUGUUGAGGGUAACAUCCUCACCUCAUUACAGAAACCUGCAGGGCUUAUCAUAGCAGCUAACGCAUUUGUCGUCAUCCAUGUUAUUGGCAGCUAUCAGAUAUAUGCAAUGCCAGUAUUUGACAUGAUAGAAUCAGUGUUGGUAAAGAAAAUGCAUUUUAGACCCACAAGAAUACUUCGGUUUACUGCACGAACUGUAUAUGUUGCAUUCACAAUGUUUGUGGCCAUUACCUUCCCUUUUUUUGAUGGUCUUCUGGGAUUCUUUGGAGGAUUUGCAUUUGCACCUACAACAUACUUUAUCCCUUGUAUCAUGUGGCUUGCCAUCUACAAACCAAAGAUGUUUAGCUUAUCUUGGUGUACCAACUGGGUAUGUUCAAUUCAGAUAGCUCCUCCUUGUCUUUGUUGUAUUUUGAUUUGCUUUAAAGUUCAGAACAAGUACUUAUUCAGCUUACUUAAUUUUAGAUCUGCAUUAUACUGGGCCUCCUGCUGAUGAUUCUAGGACCAAUUGGAGGGCUAAGAACCAUCAUACUUGACGCCAAGACCUACAAGUUCUACUCUUAAACCAAGCUCAACACACCAAGAGAAGUCUGCUGCUGUUAAAUCAUAUAAAUUAUGUCAUACACCAAUAGAAGUCUGCCACCAUUAAAUCAAAUAAAGUUUGUCAUAUUAUAUUCAUGUGCGUCAUGUAAUAACCAUUCUCUAUAUGUUUGUUCUUAGCAUCGAUGGUACAGAUCUAUGCAUUAUUUGUAAUAUUAGUAUAAAUACAACAGAAUACUUCCCUUGCCCUUA